AUGCAUAACAUCAUCCAAUGGCAGCCCGGAAAGGGAGGGACACUAUCACGGCCUGACGCAGAUGUGCGGACUGACGUCCUUGGCAUCCUAAAAAAGAUUCCUAAGAACGAGGAUGGUUGGGCUCGUGGUGUGCCCCAAACUGAUGAGGACGUUGCAGCGCUAUUUUGCAAGCUCACCUUGACAGGCCAGUAUUCCCCUGCGAGUCGCAAGGCGAUGGCAUGUGCAGACCUUAUCACGGCAUUGGCCAACACUCUGGACUCGAGCAAUCAAUUAGACCUCAUGACACUCAUCGACGCGUGUGAGGUGGGGGUAAAACAGGGAGAGCUAAGUCUAGACCAGGCACGCAAUCUUGUUCGUCUGAGAGUGGACAAGCCCGACACAUCACUUGACGGUAUGAGAUGGGGAACACAACGAUUCAUACGAAUGCUGGAUGAGCUUCAUAGCCAUGGAGCUGUCGGUACCCGUGUGUAUGAGGUGGCCAUUCGCCGUCCAAAUGCGCUUUUCAGACUAGCAAACUUCACCGAGAGGCACAUGCAGAUCCUUCUUGAGGAGCGUGAGAGCAUCUACCGGCCUCAGAGCCAAUUAGACUCCACUUGUCUCCGCGUUCCGAAUAUCGUUUACGUGCUUUUCGCGGGGCGCUUCAGCCAAAAGCGCAGCCUGAUCGCCUCAAUCGCUGAGAGUCGGGGAUGGAGGAUCGUGAAAAUCGAUGAUUGGAAGCCCCAGCUGUUUCGUCUAGGGCCACUUACGUUCUUGCCAAUGUCCCCAGGUCACAUCAGCACUGUCAUGCUCCUACAAGAGGGUGGUGCGGUCACACUGGUUGAUGACACCGACAGGGAGAUAAGGUGGGAGCCGGGCGAAUUAUUCUGUUACGUAGGGCAGGGUGUGCAUAACAGAAGCAAGGGGGACAGACCCUUUUGCCUAUUGGUUCAGCUAGCGGUCGAGGAAAACUGA